AGCUGCAUUCCUAUGUAUAGCAAGCAAGUGUUUACAGUUUCGCAAAAUCAGAGUACAGUGUUGGCGUAUAUAACCUCAAAUAUUUUCUCUGUGAAAAUCGUGAAAAUUGAUAGUGAAUCGUUUGAUCAAGCGAAUGAUGGAAAACAUAGAGGAUACAGUUAGGGUGAAGCAAGAACGGAUUGAUACUCGGCCGGAUGCAGGCGACGAUUGUAAUUUUAAUUCGAUGGGCUCUUGUGACAUUGGGAUAAAGCAAGAACUGGAUGAUACUCGUCCGAAUGCAGGCGACAAUUAUCAUUCCGAUCUGGAUGACUCAUGCGAAGUCAAAAACUUUGAAGCAUUUACGUAUUGCGAAUCAUCAGCAAAUCACGUGAAUGAUGAUAUGGUGCUACGAGAGAGAUUAGAUGAAAAAAUAUUUGUAGAUUUCGAGUGCAAAAAUGUUAAAUUUGAACUGCCGUAUUCAUCGAGCAACGUCUGCAAAUCUGAGUAUCCAAAUUAUCUACCUAUCGUAAAAGUAGAAAACGAAAUUCAGACCAAUUACUUGAGUGAAUGCAAGGCGGUUGAAACCUUUAGAAAAAAUACUGAACACAAAUUAUCAUGCGAGUGCAAAAUGUGUCGAAAAACUUAUAUUGAAAAAUCAGAUUUAAAAAGACAUAUCAAUACAACACACAAGGAUAGCAAGAGCCUUAGAACAUAUACAUGUUUGAUUUGCCACAAGUCAUAUAAACGCAAAGAACACCUCAAAAAUCACAGAAAAGGAGUACAUGAUCGUAGUAAACCCUUCGAGUGCAAGAUAUGUCACAAAUCAUUUGGACACAAAGGCUAUCUCAAUAUUCAUGUGAAUACAGUACAUAAUAGUAGCAAACCCUUCGAAUGUGAUGUUUGUCACAAAUCAUUUGGACAAAAAUUUAACCUUAAAUUUCACAUAAAUUCAAUACAUUCUCAUAAAAAACCCUACGAGUGUGACAUUUGUCAAAAAUCAUUUAGACAAAAAGGUAAUCUCAAUGCUCACGUAAAAGCAGUACACGAUCGUAGCAAACCCUUUGAAUGCGAGAUUUGUCACAAAUUAUUUGGAAAAAAACCCACCCUCCAAACUCACGUACAAACAGUACAUGAUCAAAACAAACCCUUCGAAUGUGAGAUUUGUCACAAAUCAUUUGGACUUAAAGGUAACCUCAGAUCGCAUAUAAAGGGAGUACAUAGUAGUAUCAAACCUUUUGAAUGUGAUAUUUGUCACAAAUCAUUUGGACAAAAAGGUCACCUCAUUUCUCACGUAAAUGCUGUUCAUAAUUUUAGCAAACCCUUUGAGUGUGAAAUUUGUCAUAAAUCAUUUGGAUACAAAACUAACAUCAAAAGACACUUGAAUUCAGUACAUAAUAAGAUCAAACCAUUUAAGUGUAAAAUUUGUCAAAAAUUAUUUCGACAAAAAGCAAACCUUGGAAAACACGUUAUGACAGUACAUUAAAGUAGCUAAGUAGGAGCGUCUGAUUUGUCUGUGGAUACAUCUGGGCGCAAAGACGAUCUCUACCUUCGCAUGAGUACACUAUUUGAUUUUUGUAAAUCUUCAC